AUGGUGAUAGUCAAGGAACAAUUCCAUGAUUGUGACUGCUUCCAUAUUCUACAUGCAUUGAUCAAGGAAGCCCACACCUCUGUGGAAGGUACACUGGAGCCUGUGGAGACCCUCAACUGGCUCACCAGGGUCAAGUACCCCACAACCAAGGGUUCUGAAGUGGAGUUCAUCAUCCAAUACGAUGAGGUUCUCACACGGUACAAUGACGCCAAGACCAACGCGCAGGUUAAACUCAGUGAUAGUAUCAAAAAACUAUUCCUGCAGCAGGCGUUCAUUGACAUCAAGGUUCUCAAUAACGUCAGCGCCAGAGAGAACUACGGAGCGUACAACAGUAACAUGUGCACGUUUUAA